CGGCAUUUGAUUGUUACAUCUAAAAGAGAGCGAAGAAAAUCGUAGAGAGAAAAUUCAGCUUCUGUUGAGAGAGAGAUGGCAUCCUUCGACGACGCUGCAGCUCCUCCAUUUGACUACGAUGGACACACCAGCUACGCCGAUUCCUACUCCGCCUUCUCCUCUGCCGACGCACCGCCGUACUCCGGCUCCGCCUUCACGCAGGAAUCCGAGGAAGUUCCAGUAGACCAGCAAAACUCCUCCGAUCCAUUCGGAUUCCAGUCAAAUACCGACUCAUUCGACCACGACGCUUCGGUUCCGAUCUCCAACGGCAACGGCAGCUCGCCCUACGACCUCGGCCAGGACUCCGAGGGCUUAUUCACGUCGGACGGACCGAUCCUUCCGCCUCCUAAUGAGAUGCAGGAGGAAGGAUUCGCUCUUCGCGAGUGGCGGAGGCUAAACACGAUUCGUCUGGAAGAGAAGGAAAAGAAGGAAAAGGAGAUGCGGAACCAAAUUAUUAUAGAAGGUGAAGAGUUUAUAAAAGCAUUCUAUGAGAAGACAAAGCUUAAUGUGGAGACUAACAAGAACACCAACAGAGAGAAAGAGAAGAUGUCCCUAGCCAGUCAAGAGAAAUUCCACAAAGAAGCCGACAAACACUAUUGGAAAUCCAUAGCAGAGCUCGUCCCCAACGAAGUGGCCCAAAUUGAGAAGAGAGGAAAGAAGAAGGAUCAAGACAAGAAACCAUCCAUCACAGUUGUCCAAGGCCCCAAGCCAGGCAAACCAACUGACCUUUCAAGGAUGCGAGGGAUAUUGAUCAAGCUGAAACACAAUCCCCCGCCACACAUGCUUCCACCACCGCCUCCACCUAAGGAUGUGAAAGACAGCAAGGAUGGGAAAAGCAAGAAAGAUGUUAAAGAAACGAGCGAAAAAACUUCAGCUAAAGUAUCCGUGGAAGAGUCCGCUCCUGAUGGUGCUGCCGCCGCUCAGGCAUCGGAAGAGCCUGCUGCUCCGGCCGAUGACCAGCCAAGUAGCUGAUGCUGCUGAGUUUUUGAGUGGAUGCUGUUUGGCGCCGUGAAAUUUCUAUUUUAUAUAUAUAUUUGCAUUUUAUUAAUAUUUAAUGGUUUUCUUUAUUUGAAUCACGAAGCAAGAAACUAUGGCUGGACCAAGCACUAGUAUGUUGAGCUUAAACCUUAGUCAGAUAAUUCUUGUUUGGGUAGUGUAAUUGCAUAAACAUAUUUUGUUGUUGUAAUCUUUUACUACUUACUAUUUUGCAUUGUUUUCUUU